AUGUCGAGCAGUGGCACGGGCAUUGGUGGCAGGUAUAGCGAUGCCCCGGCUGAAGCUUUCAUGUUUGAAGCAGAUGUCAAAGCCAUGGUGGUUUGUUUAGUUAUCCAACUGGGGAAUUUGCAAGAAGUCCUGAAGGACUACCAGAACCCGAACGGAAAAUACAAUAAGUUGAUUCAGGCAGUGUCCCUUGCACAGAAGUUGAAUGUUGACAACCCGUUCGCUGCGGACAUGUUGGCGAAGUUGUUCUGCGUAGUGAUGACAGUGAAAGAGCGCAUUUUGCGCAUGGAAGACCUUGGUGGUGAGCUCGCUGUCGUCCCGACACCGAACUCCAGGUGGUAUACGAAGCCAGUUGUCAAGGACCCGAUCAUGCUUGAACCCAUGCAAGCCAAGGUAGCCAAAUUUUUGGAACAACAGUGCGGUAGGGGUGCUUCUCCACAAUGUCGCCUUGCGACACUGAAGAAAAUUGUGGAAAUGGUGGACACCGCAGCCGAGUCGAUGGAAGUCUUGAUGGACGCCACGCCGCUCCUGAGAGCCGGGCAUGCGAUUCUGACCGAUUUUGAUUUGGAGGCAUCGAUUGCUGAGUUUGGAGUCAAUGAGAUGACCUCCCACCAGGGUUUAUGCAAGGCUGUGGCGCAGAUGUGCGGUGGAGACCACUGCUUGCCGAGCAGUCAAUGCUCGCAAGUUGAAAGAACUGCUGUGGAAGCUUUGAAGACGUCGGCGUUUGAGUCAAGUAUGCUCCCCUUGGGCGACACUACCAAGCAUCUGCAGUUGACACUUGGUCCCUCGCAACUUGCUUUGCCAUCCACCCAGCUGGCUGUGCCAGUGCCAACCUCUGAGUGCAUUGUGGUAGAUAGCGAUGAAGAACGAUGUGUGGACAUAGUUGCCUGCAUGGAUCCGUUUCAGGACCCAUUGUUGCAGGCCUACGUUGUCUUCAAAGUUGUCCACACGCGACCAGGACGGCUGAAACGACCACUGCACUCAGAUGAUGCCAUUGGGUCUAACGACGUUGCCCUAAGGAAGUACACCAUCCUGGAACGUGAUGUAAGUGUGGAUGCCAACCUUCUUCGUGUUCGGGUUACAUGUGAACAUGGGUCUGAAGUGCUUUGCUCUGACCUAUUUGGAUCUGCUGACCCUGACACCUUGAUGCGGACGAUGGUGCAGUUGCGGGUCGAUUCGUCAGGACCAUCUGCUUCGGUGGUGGAGUGUAGUCUGGACAGCUUGAAACCCUUGAUUGAUGCUGGUGCCUUCCCAGGUGGAAACAACAAAUUCCACGACCUUGGCGAUGACAACACGAUUGAGAGUAUGCAGCUGCUUGAACUCGAUGGGUUGGUGACUUCAACCGGGUUGGGUGAAGGCCAGUGGUGUUUGACAGCUGCCGCAGUUGAAGGGUAUAUUCGACAAUCCUUCUGGCUCAGUUCCCCUACCAAACUCUUUGCCCCACGGACUGAUUUGCCACUUGACCAGUGCACCCAAGUUGAACUACAGAUUUUGCUGGCAAACAAUGGUUGGGAACAGCUGUCUUUGGUCGAACACCAAGACAAAGCACAUGUACCUUUCAAGGGUGGCACUGAUUCCUGCAAGAAUUGGUUCUCAGACCGGAAUGGUCGGUUCUUUUCCGCCUAUUUGGUUUGCUUGCUGAAGUCGGAGAAAUUGUUCCAAGCUGGACUCAAGGGAGGCAUUUUCCAUGGCCAAAUUGAAUCAUACUACUCCGCUUUGCUGGCUUCUCUUGAUCAAGGCCUAUCUCUAGAGCAAAUCCAACCUUGGAAACCAGCAAAGUUCUACCGUGGAAUCAUCAAGGGUCAAGAGCCAGAGGGUGAAGGUGAUGCAAACGCUGCGCCCAAGUUGCGUUUGAUGGAUGAUAUAGAUGAUGUUCCAGCUUUGGAGGCUGGCUCUGGUCUAUCGGGCCCCGCUGCCGCUGCCAUCUCCCACGCCGAUGCUCCAAGCACUCGGCAGGAUGCCGUUGAAGUUCUCAGGCCACCCGAUAGGCAUGUGCCUUCUUCAUCUUCGGCCGCACCUUCUGCAGUGAGGAGCCAACCAAAACAACGGUCAGAACCCAAAGCCAGAAGCGAGAACUCUUCAAGGAGACAGGGCACCACGCGAUCAAGCACCCAUGAGAAGAGCCACCACUUUGGAGACUUUUUCUUGGCAUACUAUGAGUCUGGUGCGGUUCCGUCGUGGAGAGCUGUGUGUUCUGUUCACGAACAAUGCACCAAGAGUAUGCGAACCAACCAAGAGCGAAAUGAGGACGAUGUUUGCCGUCGACUGAAGGCAUGGUGCCUCAAAGCUUUUGACCCUGACUGUGACUCGAAACACCAUCAUGUGUUUUUCAGUGCUGUGCCCACGGCCGCAGAAGCCGGGUCCAAUGAUGACCUCAAAAAACAGUUGGAAAGAUUGUCAAAAUCAAAGCCACCGUCCAGGAAAUAAU